AUGUACAAUAUAUACGCUCAGACGAAGUUUUCCUCGGAUUGCUCAUACAAGUUCAUUCAGCUAGCCCCAGAUCUCUUGGAAUAUGUAGAGUCUGGUGGCGGUGAACUCUCUAUAAAGGUGCCUGAUGAGAAAAAGCAUUAUGCAGUUCUAUGCACAGAGAAUAAGACUUACCAAUUGAUUCAAAUGAACCAUACCAAUACGGUCUUGUUGCUGAAUGAUACAUCGGUAAAUAAAAUGGGUCAAAAUGUAAGUAGCAAUCAACUCCUGGGUGAGGAGGAGGCAAAGAUUGUUUCAUUUGCUAGCUUAUCGUACGAGUAUGAACCUCGAGUAACUUCUGGUCAUAUCAAUGUAGAGAACCUCCCAGUCUUUGACGGCCAAAAGUUGAGUUCCUCUUCCACAAACGUCACCGUAGAUCAGAUAUUAGAUCUCUCACCCAUUUCCAAAACAGAAUUCUUCGUGGAAUGGUACGAUCUUUGCGGAACUGAGUACAAGAACCAGGCUGCAACUCUCUCUGGAUCCUUUGUCACCGAGAUCCUUUCCACAUUACUUACAAUUUUAAUUGCCGAAGGGGUGGAUUACCGUCAAGAGCUUGAAGCUGCUCAGAUUAUCGAGUGGAUGCAAGCUCAGAAUGCUAACAUGACGCUGGCAUUUAUAGAGACUGUAUUACACAAAUUUGGCAUUUGCAACAAAGACAUUGUCACCUUAGAUCACAAGAAGAUUCCAGCUUGGUUUGGACUACAGGCAUUAAUUGAUACACAUUCGAGAAUUUUGACGGAAAACGACUUCUUGCUCUCGUGGAAACUGCUGUUGCCUGCCUUUUACAAUGUACCCAUUGAUCUUAAGCAGUUGAGAGGUAACUUCUGCAGACCACUGGCGCAAGAGAAGAACAAAAUCCAACACAUCAACCCUAAUUCACUACUGGUGGGAGACUUAUCCGCCAGAUUUAAAGACUUGUUUUCAGUAUCGAAGGAGUGGGAUUACGACGAGUUUGUACCGUUUAUAGACAAGUACUUACCAGUAGGUAAGAAACCUGAGUCACUAAUUCUCAAAUAUGCUAGGAAAAGGCGUAUGGGGAAGAAAAUAGUGGUAUGCCAGAGGUAG